CACGCCACCCAUCCCACACCACGCUCCCCCACACCCACACCACGCUCCGCCUUUCCCACUCUCCUUCCUUCGCUUCGUUGCGAGCCCAGAUCGAUGGCGCAGCCGCAUCCGUCCUCGUCGUCCUCCGCGCAGCCGCCCUCCUCGCCGUGGGUCAUCCUAGGCAGCAUCCCGCGCGUCUCCGCACUGGCGGACGCAGGAGACGUCUCCGUCGAGCUGGCGGCGCCGCCGCGCGUCUCGAUCCUCACCGUCCCCCCGCGCGUCUUCCCGGGCCCCCCUACGCCCCGCAACUUCCCCUUCGUCCUCGCCGCCGACCCCUCCGGCCUUCUCCUCCUCCAGGCCAACCUGCACUGCGCCCCGACCCGUGAGGUCAUCCGUCGCCCCGGCCUCCAGGAACUCUCCUGGAAAUUCGCUACUUCUCGCUACUUCGUGCUCGACGCCACCACCGGCUCGGCGUUCCACCUCCCCUACCCUGAGGCCACCAUCAUGCACCAGGCCCUCCUCGGCCUUCUCGUCUCCCCCAGGGGAGGCGGCCACUACAUGGUCGCGGAGCUCCAGCCCAUCAUCGGCUUGGACGAAGCCACGCUCCUUUGCUUCUCCACAGAGGUUGGGGAGUGGAUCGAGAAGACCGUCCAUUACCCGCUCCCGCCACGCCCGCUGGCUCCCAUCUGCGUGGUUUCGCACCACGGGAGGCUCUGGUGGGUGGACCUCUCAUGGGGCGUCAUCACCUGCGACCCCUUCGCCGACGAGCCGGUCCUGGGCUUCGUUCCGUUCCCGCCGGGAAGGGUCCUGGAGUGCAGGGAAGGUUGGGGUGUCGCCGACAAGUUCCGUUACGUGGGGGUGAGCGGCGGCAAGCUGCGUUUCGUCGACAUGUACAUGGGCAAGCGUGCUGGUGUUGGUGGCAGCGGCACGCACACUCCCACUCCCACGGUAAGCGUGUGGACGCUGGGCGAUCCAGACUCCAGGGAGUGGACGCUGGAGCAGGAGGUGGGCUUUACAGAGAUCUGGGCCGAUGAGAGCUACAAGGCGGCCGGGCUGCCGGAGAAGGUCCCCAUCGUCGCGCUCAUUCACACCAAGAACCCCGAUGUGGUCUACUUCUUCCUCGAGGAGCACCUCUUUGGUGUUGACAUGCGUGCUCGCAAGGUGGUGGAGUGCCAGGUGUAUGGUCUUGUUGCGCCUCCGAGCAUCCGCCUGGCCAGCCGCUUCGUUCGGGCUUGGGAGCUGCCACGGGCGCUCUCCUCCUCAGGCGAGUGGUCUAAUGGCAUCGACUUGGCUGAGAGCGCUAAUGCACGCCCAUACCAGCCCACGCCAGGGGACUACCACUUGGUGGGGGACACCAGGCAGACAUUCAUAGGUUGAAUUGGAGGAACAUGAAGCAGCUAGCAGUCUCCUAUCUAGCCUAGGUAUGCUCAGUCAGUUUACCAUAGCGUUGCUCUAGCCCCAAACACAAGUAUACGUACGAGGAGCCUUGCUCCGGUGCACCCCCCUAACUCAAUUUCCUAGGGGUAUUCUUGACCCCCGUCAUCUAUUUUUUUCUCCGGCCCGCCGCUGCCCAUAUCCAAACCCCGUAGCCCAUAUCCAAGCCCCGUAUAACCCGUAUGACCCAUACGUAUGUAUACGGUGACAUCCCGAAAAAAAAGUAUGACACGACCCCACGACCAGGUAGGACCUGCCGACGGCCGAUCCAUCAAUCACGCAGCUCAAUCAAUCACGCAGCUCCAUCAUUCACGCAGCUCCUCCAUCAUUCUGGUGAGGUUCUUUAGGAAUAUCGGCGGCGGCGAUCUUAUCGCCGGCGAUCUCGUCCGAGAGCGCG